AUGACUUCAUCUCCAUCUUCAUUUUCUAAUACAAGUAAACUUCAAGUUUUACCAACAUCAACAACAUUAUUAUUUACUCAAUCAGUUAAUAAUAAUUUAACUAUAAAUAAUAUUGGAAAUACAACACAAAAUAUUCGACAUACAAAUACACAAAAUGGAACAUUUAUUCAACAACAACAACAACAGCAACUACAUCAACAAUCAAUAUCUAGUGGAACAAUAACAACACCUACAAGUAUUGUUCGUCUUAAUACACCAUUAUCAACACAAAAUCAAUUUACAUCACAAACUCUUUGGACAAAUAAUACAACACAAUCACCAUCACCAAAACUUCAAUAUCCAUCAACUAUUCAAAAGGAAUAUUCUUCUCCUGUUAUUCAACAACAAUCAUCAAUUUUACCAACAAAAAUUGUUGCACAACCAGUUAUUCGUCAAACAGUAACAUCACAACAAACACAAAAAUUUACUGAUGCUCAAAUAAAUGAUUUUGUUGCUAAAUGUCGAACAUUUUUAACAACAUUACUUAAACUUGCUGAAAAACAAGCACCUGAAAAAUUACCAAUGGUUCGAUCAUGUAUACAAGAUCUUUUAGAUGGAACUAUUGAUCCUGAAUCAUUUACUCAACGAUUACAUACACUUUAUAAAUCACAACCACAUACAUCACUUGUACCAUUUUUUAAAUUAGCAUUACCACAUAUGCGUCAAAUCGUUAAAAAUACAUUUGGUCGACCAAUAACAAUUGAAUUAUUAGAAAAAUUAAAUUUACCAUCAAGUAAAAGUAAUGCUACAAAUACAACUUCAAUACCAACACCAGCAACAUCUCGAGUUGUUGUAAAUCCAUCUCUAUUAAGUCACACAUCGACAUCAAAUAUUCAACAACCAUUAUUAUAUACGACAGUACAACCACAACAAAAAAUAAAUCUUUUACAACAAACUUCUCAAUCAGCAUUAAUUAGUUCAACAGCAUCAUUACUUGGACAGCAACAACAACAACAACAACAAGCUCGAGCUCAAAUUAGUAUAACUGGUAUACGUCCAUUUGUUGCAUCUGUUUCUCCAUCAUCAAAUACAAAUCUUCUUACUGGACAACAACAAAUUCAACCAGUUUCACAAACAAUUAUUCAACCAUCUGAUUCACUUUUACAACGAACAUUUUUAUCACCAUCAACAACAACAACACUUCAUCAACCACAAAUUAUAACUGUUAAUCAUCAACCAAUUAGAACUGAAAUUGUUACAAAUCAACCAACAUCAUUAAUUAGUACUUCAUCUCUUCAACAACAACAACCACAAAUUCAAAUUCAACAGAGAACUAUACUUAAAAAUGAAGAUAAACCAUCUGAUGAUUUACUUGGAAAUAAUAGUUUAUUGACAACAGCACCUGGUACUAUUGAUGAUCGUCAUAUGCGUCAUAUCACUCAUGAUGAUAGAUUAUUGUCUACAGUUCUUUUACGUCGACGUUUCGAUCAUAUAGUUAAAAAAGAUAAACGAUGGGAAAAUAGUAAUAUGACAAUACAUGAUGAUUCUGUUCUCGCACUUAUUUCUAUUGCAACUGAAGAAAGACUUAAAUAUUUAAUUGAACAAAUUAAAUUAGUUUCACAACAACGAAAGAAUUUUUCUAUUCAGAGUCAACAAACAAUCGAUGAUUCUAAAGAAAUACAACAGACUCAAAUGGAAACAACAUUAACCGAUGGAACAACACAAAAACGUAAAUUUGAUGAAAGUGAAAAUCAUGAUCAACAAAUAACAAGACGAAUUUCUUCUAAUCAAUCAUCAACUAUAGUUAAUCUCAAUAAAAGAUUAAGAUUAAAAAAAAGUAAAUGUCAAGCAAAUCUUCAGGAUUUAAUACUCAUCAUGGAAAAAGAUAAACACCUUAAAAGAUCAACACUUCUAUUUAAAGCCUUCGAUAAAUCAUCUUAA